UAAGUAUCAAAACACAGUGGAAAUGGUGCUUCUGAAAGUGGUGUACUGGAUUUCAAAGAACAGAAAAUUGGUUGAAGAGGAGUUGUGAAAACAGAAGAACUAGGUGUUGUGUUUCAGAUUCCUGUUGAAAAUGCUGCUGUGACUUAAAUCUAUACAAGCACAAGAGUGACUUAUGGACUUUGAUUGAUUGCUGCUCACAACAUUAGGUCAAACAUGGUUUGCUACUUUGGCACCAACUUGUGUUCAAGUUCAGUAAACAACACUUUGAGGUCAUACUGCAAAAUUAGGUACCUAAUGAGCCUUCUCAGAAAGUACCCUUGUCUGGCUCAAGCACCACACUGCCUGGACCUCUACAGAUAUUCACUGCUGCCACCUCUUCAUCUUACCAGAUGUACAAGAAAAGCUACUCUUAAAAAUUUAGGCCACAGUCAUACAAGCUAUGACUCUUACCACUUCCUCAGAAAUUUUACCAAAGAAGUGAAACAUCUCCAGGUUGUGCGUUUUUACUCAUCCUCCAAUAGGAAUACAUGCAAAGCUGAAGCUCCAAUUGGGAUCUUUGACGUGGCUCAGGACAGUUCAACAGGAGGAUGUCUAGGUCAGUCUUUUAAUCAAUUGUCCAGACACAUUAAUAUUUAUUUCAGGAAACCUUUAUCAGAAAAUGCUAAUCUAGUUGUCACAACUCCAGAAUAUUUUAGCAGGUCACAGAGGCGUAGUCAAAGUCAACGGGAAGCCAGAGAACGAAAUAUGUCUAAGGCCAAAGACACAAAGCAGACCUUGAAAUGCAAAGACAAACAAGCGAGCUUGGGAACAAGGCCUUCAACACAGGGAAAUUCUGGAAUGCAACUAUUUCACAUCAGCUCUUUGGCAACAACAUUUGGUGAGAGUUACAAUUAUGUUGCCAAUCACAUAAACUCAGUCUUCUCUAGCAGUUCCACAAAAGUUCAAAUGCAGGAGAAUUUGGAAACCAUGUCUUCUACCAAAGGGACAAAUGGGCGGCAGAAGAGGAGAAAAAUGCAAAACACUUGCAUUAUAAACUCUCCAGAAGCUGAAAUGUCUCAAGUAAAUUUGUGUGCUGGUCAGGCAACAGUGGAACCUAACAAUGUUUCCAGCAGCUGGGAGGAGGGCUACCUUCACUUUGCAAGACACAUCAAUAAAUACUUUGGUGCCAAGGUUACCAAUGAAGUUGACCAAGAUCAGAAUAAGAGAGGACAACUUCCUGUGGAAAAGAAUACCACUUUCAAGAAAGACUUUUCAACACAAUCUACUUCACAAACUCAAGGUGCCAAGUCACAACUAAAGCAACAAGAACCUAUAAUCUCUCAAACUGGAGGCCCUUUCCACAGCAGCCAUAAUACGACUAACUUUGGGGAGAACUAUUUCCAAAUGUCUGCUUACAUCAAUCAGUAUUUCAAGGGACAAAGUGGAUUGGAUGAAGACAUUGAUGGUAAUACCCAAAUAGAGAUGGACCCUGGAUCUGCUACCUAUAAGAGACUGGGGACUGUAUCCCUUAUGGACUGCCUUCGCCACCCCACAAGUGCCAUUCCUGAUUUGAUGGGUGCUUAUCUAAAGCUGGGCCCCUUGUCCCUGGCUGGUAAGGCCAAACCUGCCAUGACUUCACCAGAGACAAAAUUGUUUAAAAAGCUUGUCCUGAGUCAGAGACAGGCAGAGGAAGUGACACGAGGGUUGAUCACAUGCCUGGCACAGGCUCCAUCUCCUGACGCUCUAACUGCCUGCUUGGAGGCACUCAAUGAACACCUUAUCCGCUACCCCUCAUGCAAGGCUUUAAUGUGGCAGGAGAAAACUGCAGUCAAAUUGUUGAGAAAGCGACGAACCUACAGAGACAGUCAGAUGCUUCAGAGCACCUUAAGAGAAACCUUGGCUCUAAUCGGCUAUGUGGAUCAAGUCAAAGGUCCUGGCAUCAGAGUGCUCUCAAUUGAUGGUGGUGGCACAAGAGGUGUUGUGCCUUUGCAGGUGUUAAAGCUACUGGAAGCUGAGACAGGCAAGAAGAUCCACCAGUUGUUUGACUACAUCUGCGGAGUGAGCACAGGUGCUGUUCUAGCCUUCAUGCUGGGUCUGGCCCAUUUUUCUUUAGAGGAGUGUGCUGACAUGUAUCGUCGUUUUGGCUCUGAAGUGUUUCGCCAGAACCCACUGGUUGGCACAGUGAAGAUGGGCUGGAGUCACUCUUACUAUAACACUGAGACCUGGGAGACAAUACUACGAGAAAAGCUGGGAAAAAGAGUACUUGUUAAAACGGCCAGAGAUGAGUCAAGUCCCAAGGUUUCAGCAGUCAGCGCAGUGGUAAACUGGGGUACCAGUCCAAAGGCCUUUGUCUUCCGCAACUACAACCAUAAACCAGGCUCUCUCAGCCGCUACGCAGGUAGCUCAGGCUGUCAGAUGUGGCAGGCAGUGCGAGCAUCAUCAGCUGCCCCAGGAUACUUUCAGGAGUUCCCCUUACAAAGUGACGUCCACCAGGAUGGAGGAAUUAUCCUGAACAAUCCCUGUGCCUUGGCUGUCCAUGAGAGCCAUCUAUUAUGGCCCAACCAGUCCUUCCAGUGUGUGCUGUCCCUUGGCACUGGUCGUUAUGACAACGCUAAGAGGGGACCUGCCACCUCAACCAGCCUGAGGGCCAAAAUCAGCAACCUGAUCAGCAGUGCAACUGACACUGAAGGGGUCCACACCCUUUUGGACGACCUGCUGGCUCCAGACGUGUACUUCCGUUUUAACCCCAUGUUGAGUGCUGUGGUGUCCCUUGACGAGAGUCGGCCUUCGGCCUUGGAUCAGCUGCAGAGAGACACCCACAACUACUUGGAGAGAAACCAACCCAAACUAGCCAGGCUCUGUUUGGUGCUCAGGGCAGAGCGCUCAGCUGUAAGCAGAACUAAGGACUGGAUGAGUGAGAGAGCCUGGGAGAUGAAGCAGAGAUGGGUGUGAGUAGGUACAAUAUGAGGUAUGUCUAUACAUAGAUUCAAGGUAUCCCACGGAAUGAACAAAUCAAAGUUUUAAAACCACGAACCAGUCUGCCCAUUCUCCUCUGCCGCUCACUGGAUAUUCUCUUUUUUUCUGAACGUAACAAUUACCAAGCCAGCUACGUAGGUGAGUUGUAUUAAGUUUUGUACUUAUCAGCAGAAUGCAUCAGAUUUAGAGGAGAUUGAACAACCACCAUUAUAAAAAAGAUUUUUCAAAUCAAUAUAAGACAACUUCUAGAGGAACAAAGAAGGCAAAUAGUUGCUGCUAAGCUUCAUCAAAUUUGUCUAGGCGUUUGUAUCACAAAGUGUUUCUGCCGUUUUGUCCACUUCCUGUUAUACAUGUACUGUAUGUUAGAUGAUGUCAACAUGCCUUACAUAUAGCAGUUAGUUUGAUAAUCGUGAGAAAAGCACUUUUAUGCACUUUAUUAAAAAAGAUUGGUGUAAUGUGCUUGUGACAUAAUUCAUUAUCUGUUGCACUCCUCAGUGUUGUUAACUGGAUAUAUAAGCUAUAAAUCCUACUUUCGUGUGACAUUACAGCUGAUGUAGUAUAUUAUUGUGCUAUGGGCAUUUGAGUAUUUGUUUUGAAUAAAUUAAUAUUUAAGAAUA